CCUGCUUCUGUCCAUGAGGACACUUGUUGUGUUUGAGACAUUAGGUUCUCUUCUUACUUCAUGUGUGUGCUGUUGAGUCUAUAGACAUCAUGACAUGACUUGAUACUUUUAUUUUCAGUUCAAAUGAAUAUUCGUGGAAAAGAUCUUGUGAAGUGCUUGUGGAGGUAACCAGGCGAGGGGAAGAAAGUGGCUACGGGGUGCCUUGCCUUCUUGUUGCAGCCAAGGAUGACUUGGAUCCAUAUCCAAUGGCAGUACAAGAUUCACUAGCGGUUUGUCAGGAAUUGGGAAUAGAGGCCCCUAUUCCUGUCAGCGUAAUAUUAGGGGAAACAAAUAAUGUGUUCUGCAGAAUUUUAAGUGCAGCUGAACGCCCCCAUUUGAACAUUCCUGAAACUGAGGCUGGUAGGAAACGCAAGUACUUUCGCCAACUUGUCAGUCACUCUCUUCUGUUUCUGUCAGUUGGGGCUGCUUUCACUGUUGUCGGAGUGGCAGCUUUUCGUGCCUACAAUGCAAGGAAGAAUUCUUCCACUUAGAUUCUGAGCCUGCUAUCAACUGCUCUGCUAUUUUUCUACUUCAAAGAAGGUUUCCCAAUUUUGCAAGCAGGAACACGAGAGGGAAUCCUUGUACAUAAAAUGUUUACAUCCGUUUUAACUACUGUAUCUAUUCUUUUAUUAUUAUUAUUAUUUAUUUAUUUACUUAAAGGUCGGUAAACCACAUGCUGUAUUGUUCUUUGUGAAAGAUAUUCUGGAUUUUGGUCU